CGGUCAUCCAAAUGAUGAUCCAGCCCAUCCCAGGACAACAUGGCAUGCCUCGCACUUGCUACUACUCAAAAGCGGCAGAAAGCCUUCACCAAACGAUCUCGCACCGGCUGUCGGACCUGUCGACAUCGCCGGGUCAAAUGCGACGAGACCCCGGGACAAUGUACCAACUGUACCUCCACCAAGCGCCAGUGCGAGGGCUAUGACACAGUCCACGUGCAGUGGAGCCCUAAUGAUCGUUCAGGGUCGUUCCGGCUGCCCCAGCUGACGACGGGGGUCUCCUCCUUAACAUCGGCCGAGCGACAAGGCAUCCUCUACUUUCAACACUCCACUAUCCCGACUCUCAUCGGCUUCUAUGAUUCCCCCUUGUGGGAGAGACUGAGCCUCCAGAUCUGCCAGGAAGAGCCGGCAGUCUGUCAUGCCUCCAUUGCCCUGAGCGCCGUUCAUCGCGGGUUUCCCCUGGCAGGCUCCCUGCAAGAGGAGUGGUAUCGCUUCGCGUUCGAGCAGUUGGACCGAUCGUUUCGAUUGUUGAUCAACCGACGGGCCUCCCAGGAUCCCCAGUUUACCAAUGUCGUGCUCCUGUGCUGCCUGAUGUUUGUGGCGCUCGAGUUCAUGGUGGGAGAGUAUGAGAAUGCCUUCCGGCAUCUGCGGGGUGGUCUGCACAUCUUGAAACAGAGGAAAGGUCAUGCCUGUACGGAUUCGAUGGCCUCCUUUGACCAGUGUCUGAUGCAUGUCUUUUCGUCUCUGGAUAUCCAGAGCACCUACUUCGGGAUCGGAAACCGCGUGUUAUGUGAAGAGAUCGAUGAUUCGGGUUCCCGUCCCAACGUGGAAGAUCCCCAAUCGUGGCACUUCAAGUCAAUUUAUGAGGCGCGCCAGGUAUUGGAGCCGAUCACUGGGGAUGUCAUCCAGUACUGUGGACUCCGGGUCACAGCAGGGUGUGGAGAAUCUCUCGUCUCCCGGCAACUCGAGAUUUUCGCUCGCUUGAACCGGUUUCUUGAAUCUCUGGCACAACUUCGCUACGAAUACGCUGGCCAUCUCACUCCAAAAGAAAAGAGGGGAGUCACAUUGCUGGAACUUGAGGCCGUGGGGGCGAGGACGUCGCUCCAGAUCAUUCCGUACACCAGUGGCGACCCUGCCUUGGCCCAGUAUACUGACGAAUUCGAGUGUUUGUUGUCCCUCUCGGAAGCCGUUCUACGUGAGAACACGGAUAUCCCACGAGUCAGUAUGGAUAUUGGGGUGAUUCCACCCUUGUAUCUGGUGGCCAAGCGAAGCGUGGAUUACGGCAUGCGGUGGCGGGCAAUUCGACUGCUUCAGUCUUGUCCACACCAGGAAGGACCCUGGGAUGCGGCUCUGCUCGCUCAGGUUGCAAUCGAGACAAUCAAUAUUGAAGCUAUGGUGGCUGCAGGGGGAGAAGGCCUGGUUGUAGGUCGGAUACGUCAGAAACCCCCUGCUUUUGGAGGUUUUGUAAUGCUUUCGGAUGACCGGCGUCACGUCCGGAUCCCAUUUCUGGUCGGGAAGGUUGAGAAGCACUGGUGUUUUGACCUGGAUGAUGAACUCUCGGGGAUGUUAGAUGAGCCUGUGCUAGGGGAUAGUGCUGCUCGUUGGCACCGCGUGAUCCCGAGCCAUCUUCGGUUUCUUCAGUAGGCGAGGUUCUAACCAGAAUGAGAUGUUUGCUGUUCCCGAUAUUCAUGGCAGAGCUAGAGAUGAAUUGGUCCAGCUUGGUUUAAGUAUACCUAUCGUAAACGCGGUAUCUCAAUAUACAGUGGCUAUCGAGUAAGAGCAUAUUGGAGCC